AUGGCCUACAUCGCCAGGGACGUCGACGACCUGCGCAGGCGCCUGGCCGACGUGCUGACCGCCGCGCCCGCGUGCCCGGAGGGCGUCGGAGCCGCCUCGUCGCUGUUCACCGUGCCCGAGCAGGAAGCCGAUGCGGCGCGGGCGGCGGGGACUCGGAGGUGCAGAUCGAGGAGAGGCAGCUGCCUCGCCCAGGCUCCGAGCUGCGCUCCACGCUGGACUCCCUCUCGAGGACCUUCGACCUGCCAUGGUACGGCCUGCUGGCGCACGCGCCCCCGCCGCCAGUGGACCGGCCCAGCCAGGGGGAGAGCAGCCUCAUCCAGUUGCAGGCCAUCGGCGUCAGCGACGCAGAGGCGGAGCAAAGGAACAGCCCCGCCAAGCAUAACCCUUGGGACGAGGUCCUCAACAAGCAGGGGUAUGGCAUCUUGCGUCCGAGCUCGCAGAUGGAGUCGCACAAUUGGGCCCUGGUGCUGGUCUUCGUUAUCCUCGCCGCGCUGGUUAUCCUUGCGACAGGGGUGGUUGCCCACCCGCUGCCCUCCAAGGCCGAGAAGGUCGAGACGGUCGGCUGCAGGCCCGCGACGAACCGCUGGAGGUCGCAGUUCACGCAGGCGGCCUCGACCGGAUCUCCGGGCGACCACGCCGUCCUCGACCGGGGCGGCCUUCUCGGUACUCUUCUGCUCGCUCCUGGUCACCACGGCGUGCCUGAACUUCUGGCUCGCCUACGCCGGCGUGUCCGUGCUCCACUGGUUCGACCCCGAGACGGCCAGCUCCGUGGACCGCGCCGGCAUCUUCAGCAAUGACUCCAUCAAGACGGCGGCAGCCAUCGGCGUCGCGCUCGCCCCGACCUGCUUCCUCCCGUUCCAGCGCCAGCUGGCGACGCGUCGCAGGCAGUGGCUGCUCCUGGCGUGCAAGAUGUUCCUGCUCUUCGAGAGCCAGUGCAUCAAGAUUCUUGGCACCUACCUGGCAAGCGUCCAGAUGGCCAACAUUGUUGCCCUGAACGCGGACGCCUUCUGGCACAUCACCAGGACGCUGCAGAUGUCGCUCCUGCUCAUCGGGUGCCUCGACGCGUUCGCGGGCAGCUACGUGGAGUCCAUACUGCUGCUGGAGUGGCGGCGGGACCUCAGCCACUACGUCCUCAAAAAGUACAUGGGCUCGCAGGCGUACUACAGGAUGAACUCGAACUCUGGCAAGGACUGGGGACACGAGAUCAGCGCCACCAGGACGAAACUGCCGUUUAAGUGGCCAGCUGGUAAGAUGACUCUUUGCAUGUAUGGUGGGGUACGCCCUCAGGUGGUGACCCUGCUGAGCAGCUCCGUCCUCAUCUGGACCGUCGUGCCUCAGGUGACCGUGAUGCUGCUGAUCUACACAGUGGUCGGCUCCUUGGUGUCGCUCUGGUUCAUUUGGAACUUUGCGGGGAUCACCUACAACAUCCAGAAGUGCGAGGCCGACUACCGCUACUCCCUGAUCCACGUGCGCGAGAACGCCGAGGGUAUCGCGCUCAUGGGCGGCGAGAAGACCGGCGAGGGCGAGAUCCACACGCGCUUCCGGGACCUUAUUGAGGCGCGCAAGCAGAAGAUCUCAUGGGAGAUGAUGUUCUCCUGCUUCUCGUUCGCAUUCACCGCGGGAGGCACCAUCGUUCCGUGCGUGCUGCUGGCGGAGCUGUUCUUCCAGAUGAAGCUCGACGUGGGCAUCGUGGCGCAGGCGGGUCUCAGGAGGACGAGGGGUCUCCACCUUCUCAUUCAUCAACAACUCCGCCAUGACCAUGUCCACGCUCGCGGCGGUCACGAAUCGUAUCGCGGGGCUGCUGCGGAAGAUCGACAACCUCGGUGA